UGCACGUGAACCACCGUGAUGGCCAGCAGCUCUGAUGUGGUGAAGAAAGUAAUGCGGUUCAAACUUCAGCUGACAGACACAGCAGACUCUGCUACGGUUGUAAAGAUUUUGCAGAAACUCAAGGAUCUGGAUAUCACGUUAGACAUUCUUGCCGAAACUGGAAUUGGAAAAACGGUUAACUCACUGCGCAGACAUGAACAGGCUGGAGAAUUGGCCAAGUUGCUGGUUAGGGGUUGGAAAAGAUUGGUCCCUAAGGGAUCCACAAGCCACACAGAAAAUGGGGAUGCAACAGGGAGUUUGUCUGUUAAAGACAAAGUAGAUGACCAAAACUGCCCAAAUAACGGAAGUUUAACAGUGGAGGAUUCAAAUAAUAAUUGCUUAACAUCUCAUGGUAAGAGUCAGAACUCUGCAGACAAGGCCCUCUUCAAAAAAGGGAACAGGAAAGUUGAUUUAGAGAAACAGUGUGAAGAACAGAAAAGACACAAGGACCAGAAUGAAAAUCAAGAAAAAAAUCAACAAGAAAAUCAAGAUGAUGGCUUGAAGAAGAGCGCUGAAAUCCAACAGGAUCAAAUGGACAUAGUAUUUUCCUCCAAGAAGAAGAAAAGAGAUGAGAAUAACAGAAAAUCAGGAGAUACUUUCCACAGAAACAAAAACUCAGAGGACACUCAUCAGAAAUCCAGCUCUGACUCCUGGGAAACAUUUAAAAGCAGCUCACAUAGUGGAAGAUUUGAGUCAGAAAGCGUGUCAAAUCAGAAGCCAAAAAACCAAAAAGAAUUUUUUUUCUCAUUUGAGUCCAGUGACGAACGCUCACAAGCAACAAAGCUGGCAGGUGUCAUAGAUGACCGAUCUUUAGACGUACCGAGGAGCUCAGAGGCCCAAAACAAAAAAAGGAAGAAAUCAAGUAAAGAGAAGCAUGGCGCUUUAAAAAACAAACCAGAAUCUGGAAAAGAGGAAAAUUCUAAUAAAAAAAAGUCCAAAAUAAAGCACAUACAUGAGCAAAAAGACCCUGAGGAGUCCUCCUUGUCUUUUGAAUCAUGCCUGAACUACGACAUGAAUGUUGUGAAGAGAAAAGAAAGAUCUGGAGGGAAGAAACUUCCUAAAAUGAUCAAGUCUGUAAAAGAUGAAACAACAAAAGGUCUCAGCAUAAAAGCUUCCCGGUCACCUGUAAUGUCUGUAAACGUCCCCUCUCCAACAAAGAAGUUUAAACAGUCUGUAAUGGACCUGAUUCCAUUCACCAUUCCUUUACCUGCUGCUCUGCCUCAGUGUGAAACAGCUUUCAGUGUGGAGCACUUUGAGAGAAAAGUUGAGAAAGAGCCUGAUUUCUGUGACGUCUUGGAGGAGUCUCCAGUCUUUACCGGUCAGCGACUGAACAAAAAGAUGCAAGUGUACUCUGGAGCCAAGACCGUCUUCCUCCCAACCAUGAUGAGCUUGCACCAACAGUGUAUCCGCACUCUCCAGAACAAUAUCAACUUGCUUAAUGAAACUGGCGGAGUCCCGUUUGAAAUCCUCGAGCCGGUGUUGGAGAGGUGCACACCAGCGCAGCUGCUACGCAUUGAAGAAUGCAACCCAAUCUAUAUCGGAGAGACAGACCACUUAUGGGGGAAACAUUGUCAGAGGGAUUUUAAAGACUCCAAACUUCAGGAGUACGAAUCAUGGAAAGAGAUGUACAUCAGGCUGUCUGAGGAGAGGGAGAGGAAACUCAAAAGACUGACAAAAAGCAUUGUCUCAGCACAUUCUAGAAAACCCAAAGGUCGGCAGGUGAAGAUGGCAUUUAUUCACACUGUUGCCAAGCCACCGAGAGAUGUGCGAAUUCAGCAGGAAAUUCAUGGAACUGCUGUUCAGCAGCCGCAGCCCAAGUGCAGUGUUAAGGUUCAGGAAAGCAGACCGAGGCCGAGUUGUAAUGAGCCCAGCAGGACCAGCAGCACCAGUUCAAGCAAUACACAAGACCCUCGCAAAAAAACAAGAGUUGCUCCGAUGAUGGCAAAGUCCUUAAAGGCGUUUAAGAAACAGCUGGGACGCAGAUAAAUGCUCUUAUAUGAUCUUGAUAUUAAAAGUGUGUGAAUGUGGGGAAAGUGCACUCUAUCAUUCAUUAACUUUGUUCACCUUAGUUUACUCUGUUUGUCUAAUUAUACAGGCAUUUUUUUCUCUGUAACUGUGACUUAUCUUCACCAUUAAAUGGACAAUGGAA